CGGGCUCCACGCUGGGUUGGAGCCUGCUCCAGAUUCUCUCGCCCCCUGUCCCUCUGCCCCUUCCCCUCCCUUGUCUCUCAGAGUAUUUCCCUUCGAGCGGUUUCAGUCACAUGCCAUAGACUUUGAUAGAUGUGCUUCCACGUCCAUUCCUUCAAAGCAUUUCCUAGCGUCCCUAAUGAUUCCUUCUUGGGCCUGCGGGUUCUUGAGAUGUGUGCUGAUGAGUCCCGAUCGUUGGGCAAUCCCCAUGUCCCCUCCUGUCGCGGCUAGAGCAUAUCUUGUGUGGCUCUAAUCAGGCUUGCCUCAUGGAGACUUGUUCUCACGGCCUGACACUGGUCGUCCCGGACCGUGGCCCAGGCGCUCUUGAGGAGACUGUGCGUCGUGCCCUCCUGGGGGCAGUGCCCUCUGCGGGUCGGUGGGACACGCGGGCGCCCAGCGCCAGGGCUGACCCAUGUGUCGCUGCGGUCGUCCUGUCCUGUCUGGCUGCUCCGGCCGUGGCCGAGAGGGAAGGCUCGCCGUCUCCCGCGGACGCCGUGGGACCUGUCAGUUUCUCUUCCCGGCCCUCUGUUGGCUUCACACGUUUCGGGCGGAGGACAGGCCAGAGCUGCACCCCAACACGGCCAGCCAGGGAGGCUCGCAUCCUCCGCCCGCGGCCGUGCGCGCAGGGCGUGUCCGGAGUUCAGGCCGUUUCCGGGUCGGCCUGGCUCCGACUUCCGCUGGCGCGGCGGCGUCUUCCCCGGGCAUGCGCACAACCUCGCCGUGGCCGCGAGCUCCGGGCGAGCCGGGCUUCUCUCCUGGCUGCCCCACGCAGGCACGUACACGCAUGCGCGCGGCCUCCCACCGCCACAAUGGACUCACUCCAGCGGCAGCCGCGAGUGCAGCCUGGAGAUGGUCACUUCCGUCCACAGUGCUGCAGGGCAGAGGCCUCGUCCAGAGCUUUGUAGGGAGUGAGCCGCCUGACCACGGAAACAAAGCCGCUGGUGCUCAGGGCCCUGCCCGGCCAGAACCUCGGACCCCCAGCCGGUGGGCGGGGUGAGCACCGCCCCAGGCACGCGCCCCAGGGACUCAUGCUGUCCUUCCCCCCAGGUUCAGCAGCUUUUUCUUUUUUUAAGAUUUUAUUUAUUUAUU